AUGCGCUUGUCGCAUCACACGACUUUGCUGCCUCACGCAACACUGCAGCUUCACACUGCCAUCGGCAUCUCGCCGUGCUCGCCGCAUCGCACGGCAGUUCGGCAUAUCUCCUUCUUGCCAUGCCUUUGUCGAAGCAACACCGGACUAGCUACUCUAGACCAUCUACACUAUAUGCAAAACUUAAAACAAAUAUGCAGAUACAAAACAUCAAGAUUAGUUCUAAUAUUCACCCUCCUAAUCUUGAUGUCAGUCUUCGACGCGGAUCACCCACAGCUUCUUGUCGACGCCAUCGUAGCGCCGCAGACCACCGCACUCCAUCUUGUUGUGGACGACGCCAUCACAGCGGUGGUCACAACCACGCACCACCUUAUCGUGGUCGAUGGCGUCAUAGCGCCCAUUACCACGUCCUCUUGCCGCACCCGGCGACCACCUCUUGACGUGGACGACGCCUUAGCGACGCCGAUCGCCACGUCGUCUUUUCAGAACAGCUUCGCGCCGUCAAAGCCACUAGCGGCCUCGCACCGCCACCGACCUCCUAGCGGCAUUGCACCGCCACCGACCUCCUAG